CACCGGGCCGGGACAGCUCCGCGCUCCCCCGCCGGGCGGACCGUAACCAUCGAGCCGAGGCGCAGAGCGGCACCCCGCGGAAGUGCGGCCUAGCCCGGAAGGGUGCGCGGGGAAGCACAUCCGGGCGGUGGGACGGCGGUGGCGGAGUUGGAUUUCCAAUUUCCACUUCUGGUAUUGAUGGUCUUGAAAGUGCAUUUGGAUCCCAGACAUUUUCUGUCGCAGAACAAAUCAAGAGCCUCCUCUCCUGUCUCAUAGCAGUACAGACAGCUUAAUAUCAUAUGACCUCAUUUCUUCAAAUUAAAUGAAAGAAGAAUUUUCUCUGGCUUCCCAUGAAGCUCAGUUAUUGCCUGUUAAUUUUAACUGUUAGUGCUGAUCUUUCAGUUGGAUUUACACUGGAAAAUGUAGCUUUUAACUGGACAGUUGCUUUUGGGUCUUUCAAUGCAUCCCUUCAUACGGUGCCUCAAGCUUUAAUAAGUUCUCCAGCACACCAUGAUAUCAUAGCCAAAGAGGGGACCAGUAUUUUAAUUGAAUGUAAACUGAACAUCAGCCAGUAUGAAUAUAUUCUUUGGUACAACUCCAGAGGACACCUGCUUGAACAGGAAGAUGAAGGUGGCCGGUGGAAGAUUGCUGAGAAUUCCCUUAACAUCACAAAGGUCAGCUUUGCUGACCGGGGCCGAUACACCUGUGCAGGAGUUAAUCGUAAUGACACCUUGUACUACACAGUCACCCUGAGGGUAACCUUCACCUCAGGAGACAUGAGUAUCUACUACAUGAUUGUGUGCCUCGUUGCCUUUGCCAUCACCCUCAUCUUAAACAUAACCCGGCUGUGCAUGAUGAGCAGUCACCUCCGCAAAACAGAGAAGGCUAUCAAUGAGUUCUUCAGGACGGAAGGGGCUGAGAAGCUUCAGAAGGCUUUUGAGAUAGCCAAGCGUAUCCCUAUCAUUACAUCUGCCAAAACACUAGAGUUGGCCAAAGUCACUCAGUUUAAGACCAUGGAAUUUGCUCGGUACAUUGAAGAGCUUGCCAGAAGCAUUCCUCUUCCACCUCUGAUCCUUAAUUGCAGGGCGUUCAUGGAGGAGAUCUUUGAGGCUGUGCGAGUUGAUGAUCCCGAUGAAGUUGGUAAGGAGGAAAAACAGCCCCAAGCCUGCGGUACCCAAGCUGCCAUUUACCCCAUCAACCCCGAGAUGAAACGCAGCGAUUCGCCAGCCGGGGAUUCAGAUGAUGGGUCCAUGAAUGAGCCAGGUCAGGAGAUAGCUGUUCAGGUGUCCAUUCACCUGCAAUCAGAAGUGCAGAGCAUUGACACUGUUUCUCAUGAUAGCUGCCAAUUUGCACCUUCUGAAGAGGGCACCUGCUGAGUCCAGUGAUGAGCUGUUAAGAAGGCACAGGCCACCCUAGGAUGCUACAAGAAAGGGUUCUGCAAACAAGCUGCCUCAGUCCCAUAUGCACAAGAGUUUUCCAAAUUGCCAUGUGCCAGAACUGCUACUGAAAUCUGUGUUUUCUAUCAGUGUUGACUGAAUGAUUUCAAAUCUCUUAGAGAAAAGCCAUUUGGAGUAUUGUGCAGUGGCUUUUCUUUUUAAAGCGAGCUUGCUACACUCAAAAUAUUUACAAAACAGGAAUUCUUUGUCCUUGGCUCCUUGGUAGCUUCUGGUACUGCUGAUCCAUAUUAGAAGUGGCCAAGCUGAGUGGUGCAACUUGCAGUAAAAUCUUUUCCUUUGUGAACUCUUUCUUCCCUCAGAAAGUGGAGCCGGAAUUCCUUUGUGUCAGUGUUGUCCUUGAUGCAUUGAGUUGUGUGCUCCUUUUGAAUUGCUUCUUGGUGUGUGUAGCCCAUCAGAGCCAUGGUGAGUUUGAACAAAUCUGCUCUGUGUCGUGUGCUUCUAUGUUGCUAUCAAAGUGUACUGUACUUAGGAAAAGAAUAGGACCAGGAUCUGCUGCUGGAUUCGAAGAAUUGCUCUAGUUUCAAAGCAGCUUAGAGAACAACCAGGAGUUCUCAGUUUUCCAUACAUCUGCAAAAAACUUCGGCAUACUCUAGUGUGUGGAGAGCGAAUUGUUACAAAGCUCAUUGCUUAAACUCGGUGCUGAUUGCCAAAGCGCCUUACCCUGGUUCUGUCUUACAGAAUGAAGCAGUAACAGCACUGCCAGCACGGUCUGACUUUUGACUUUGCUGAUUUCAUUUACCAUAGAAAAUCCAAAGUUUUCUAUUCUGUUUGACAUUGUUGUGAGAAAAGAAUGCCAGUAAUCGCAUAGUGGCAUCAUGUAAAAAUUAACUCAUCUACAGAUCAGGUGUCUCGUGCACUUCCUGCUGAACAACAUUAGACUAAAGGAGGUGACACUCACUUUGCUCUGGCUAGUACUUUCAGAAAGCAGUAGAAGAGGGAGUAGUUAGUGGAGGGGCUGGCUGAGCUGUUUGCCAGCCACUGAUUACAGGAGUGGCUGGCAACAUACCCUGUCUUAUCACUGAAGGGAGAAGUGCAGGUGCUGAUAUCUGCACACACAUAUGUACUUCAGCAAGGAUCUCCUGCAUGGCUGUAGAAAUCCAGCCUCCAGGAGUCAGAGUGCAGACAAGAAUCUAGUUUCUUCUUUCACUCUUUGGUGCUGAUUUUUUUUUUCUUUUCUCCUUAACAUUUGUAAGCCAUAUCACUUAAAUAGCAUUUUGUAUCCUGUUGAGAUUUAGUAGAUGUAAAGCUUGUAAGCACUCCACAAAUUAAUUUCUUACAACUACUGGAAGCAUAUUGCCAUAUAAUUUUAACAACUUGGCAACAGGAGCACCAUUUAAUUCCCCACAACUCUUUUUCUUUCCUUAUUGUUACAGAAAUGUCAGUUGAACAAAUGAUUCUGGACGGCUGCUCAGGAUUCUUAAGAGGAUUUGAUAUUACAUUUACAUGAGUAGAGAUGGAAAACAAGCAGGCAGAGUGGUAAAACCAGGGUGGGGCCAUCUGUUGUAAUGCAUGCUCAUAACAAAGGGUCUGAGCAAGUUAUAUUUAUCAAAUCAUAUUAGAGAAGGGGAAAGUAAAGCAUCUGUUACCAUUUUAAAGUACCUUCUGGGGAGAGCUCUGCAGUCAGCCACCAGUAAAUGCACCCUAGUUGGCUUUGGCCUGUCAGGUAAGAGUGAUGUUUUUCAGGAAGGAAGAAAAUUGCUAGCCUGGGUUAUAGCAGCAUUCCCACCAGCUUGGUACCAUUUCCAAGACUGUAGUAAACUUUUAUCUGCUUCAAGGGAAUAAAGCCUUCUGCAGAGAAUUAGGGCAGUUACUGCCCUCAACAGUAACUUUUUCUUUGCUUCCAUAGUUUGAUGGCACUUUAUGUCCAGGUGAAAAGUUUGCGUAGUUUUGUGUAACCUGUCUGGUUUCUUUUAAGUUCUUUUGAGGUGAUCAGUGUUAAAGGAUACUCUUGUGGAUAAAUGCCCAGUUCUCUUAGGAGCCCUGCUAAGAUGCUUCUGGCUUCACUUUUGUACUACAACAGGCUCUGCAGGUUUGUUGCACUUGCAUGAAUGGAGAUUUGUGGGUUUUACACCCUUUUGGAUGUCCUGGUUGAAAGAGGUGAAGGCUUCAAGAGAGAAUGAUCUGCUUAAAUCUCUCACAGGCCAUGAGGUUUGUACCUGCACCUGCCUUUUUUCCCCAUGAGCAGUUCUGCUUGCUUUUGUGAAACUGUUGCAUUGUAUGCAGCAGGAGCAUCUUGGACAUUUUGCCCCUAACUACAUAUGCAUGUAGAGAUGCAGCUACAAAAUCAAAGCUCCAUUUAAUCUCUUCUGGAGAAGCAGCUAUGCAGUUGUGAUUGACAGAUGUCUCAUCAGAAGUGGCAGCUUACAGGCAGCAGAAUGACACUAGAGGUGUGUCAGAUGGGUGUCAGGAGAGCAGUUGCUAAAUGAAUUCAAUCUGUUCUUUGGUAUUUACACUUUAUUUACAUAGCUCUGAGAUUUUUCUGAUCACAGCAACUGGUGUCUUCGUGUGUCCUGUUGCCAGUGGAAAGGCAGGAAUGAGGAUGCAUAAAGAUCCUCAUAAAUGCAGUGUCAUUGCUGGAUAGCAAAGCAAAGAGUUUUCCCAAGUUACUGCAGUAUUUUGUUUACUAAAUUAAUUUCAUUCCUGGGAAGGAGGCUGUAAGGAUUUCAGUAAAUCAGGAGUGUAGGAAUGUAGGAGUGUAGGAACUGAUCCUACUCCCACUGAAUUACAUUAGAGCAGAUUUGAAGUUCUGGUGUAUUUUACAAAUGAUAUUACAGGAUUUUUAUGCAUCUGAAAGCAAGGACGAUGGUGAUGUUAUACAGUAAAUGUAAUUUCACGGCACUGAUUUCCAAACAACAUGUGAACUACUCUUGAUCCUGAGUAGACUUAAAUCUGUUUGAUACAUCUAAUUGAUCAUUAACAUUGAAAGAUUAGGUAAACAUCAGUGUUUCUUCCUUAACUUUCCAUAGGAUGAGGAGAAUCUACACUGAUUUCCUUGCUUUAAACUAAAUUCUUUGACAAUCACAAGGCUACUUUCUCUUUUCUUUGUGACUUACUUUAAAUAAUGUAAAAUCUACUUGUUAUCCAAGAGUACCUAAAACUAACUUUGUAGUGGUUAUUUGUAUUACCUGGAUUGUAAUGUAACUGUUUAAUGUAACCACAUAGGAUUUCAUACUUUCAUAAAACAAAUCGGUAGAUUUGCAAAAUAAAUUCAAAACAAAA